CCACAAGCUUCAACGGUCGUUAACAGCUGCUUUCUGUUUGGCCACCUCUUCCUACCUUUUGUGACUUUGUCCGAACGGAGAUUCCAUCGAAUCUUCUCCCUCAUCGCCUCCUCUUCCUUCUCUCUCCCCAACCCUUUUUCAAAUCCACACUCAACGAACCAAUCAAAAUCCCCAGAAUUAUAAAACUCUGAAUCCAUAACAGAAUUUGACACUGAAGAAGAGAGUGUUGUAGAGGGAGAGAGAGAGAGAGAAUGAGAGCUUUGAACUCACAUUUUGUGCUGAUUGAUCUCCACUCCUCAUGGCACUCGGCUACCCACAUCCCAACCUCAACUUUCGAUUACCUUAAGAAAAGCACUGCCUUACCCAAUUCCCUCUCGCAAGCAUUUCAUCGAACACGUCCUCGUCGACGAAGUGAAAUCUCGUCCUCCGCCUCUUCCGUGCCAUCAAUCCGGCGCCCGCUGGAUCGACUGGCGCCAGGAAAUGGGCUGUCGUCGAUUUCGGUUUUGACGACGUCGAGAUCGGGGGAAGUGUCGGAGCUGGACUUGUUUCUUGAGCUAGUGCCGUUGAGGAUGAGGAAUGAGCUGUUUGGGCACCAGGAGAUUGGGGAGUUGAUUGAAGUGGUGAUGGAUUUGGGCCGGCAGCCUCUGGCUCGGUUUCCUUCGGGGGAUUGGGUGAUCUCUGAGCAGCCUGUGAAGCCUGAGGAUCUAAGGCACGCUAUAUCAAAGGUUGGUGAGUUCUCGGAUGAUAAUCGUUCAGGCAUUGAUAGUUCCCUACACCGUAUAAGUGCUAUUCGAAACCGUAAAAUGCAAAUUAUUGGCCUCACGUGCCGCGUGGGUCGAGCUAUGUCUGGAAGUGCUGAAGUCAUACGCGACUUGGUUGAGGGGGGAGGUUCUAUAUUGGUUAUAGGACCUCCAGGAGUCGGCAAAACAACCUUAAUCAGAGAAAUGGCUAGAAUGCUGGCAGACGAGCAUAAGAAACGUGUUGUGAUUGUGGAUACAUCAAACGAGAUUGGAGGUGAUGGUGAUGUUCCUCAUUCUGGAAUAGGUCGUGCGAGAAGAAUGCAAGUUCCAAAUGUUCACAUGCAACAUAAUGUGAUGAUUGAAGCAGUUGAAAACCACAUGCCGGAAACCAUUAUAAUUGAUGAAAUCGGAACUGAGCUUGAAGCCCUUGCUGCGAGUACAAUUGCUCAGAGGGGAGUUCAGCUUGUUGGAACGGCACAUGGAAUGACUAUAGAAAACAUAAUGAAAAAUCCCUCCCUUCAGAUACUUGUUGGGGGCAUAGAGAGUGUGACUCUGGGUGACGAGGAAGCUAGAAAAAGGAAAGUGCAGAAGACAAUUCUUGAGAGGAAAGGACCUCCUACAUUUACAUGUGCAGUUGAGAUGAUUUCUAGGACUGUGUAUCACGUUCAUCACCGGUUGGAUAUGACAGUAGAUGCUAUACUGGCAGGAAAAUCUCCCCGGUUUGAGAUCCGUUGCAUGGAUUCUGAGGCAGAUAGUUCUUUGAAGGCAAUUGACUCUGUUUCAACACUUGAGAAGAACCAUCUAAAGGAAUCUCAGCUGGAUAAUGGUGAAGACAGAAGAUCUCAAAUUGAGUCUGAUGAGGAAGACGGAGAUUAUUCUCCAAAGAGUUCCAAUAAAUUGAGCAGAAAUAUUACUUGUAGCGAGGGGAGGCCGUUAGUUUAUGUAUAUACUUUUAAGAUUCUGGAAGCUGAUUUACUUCAAGUGGUAAGUGUAAUGGGCCUUGAAAAUGAGAUUGAUGUAACCGACGAUAUUGGAACAUCAGAUGCUAUCUUAGUAUCCAGCUCUGAAAUGAAGCAGAAUCCCUGGAUUCGUACUGUAUCUAGAUUCCACCAGGUGCCUGUAUUUGUCAUGAAGUCAAACACAAUGGCAAAAAUGGUAAAGGCAGUUCGUAUGAUUCUUGAAAUGGAUGCCUUUGGUUCUACAUCAAAGCGGGGACCCAGAAGUACUUUUGGCAUUGAAAUUGAUGAUGAUGCACCAAAAAGAAAGCCAUCAUUGGAGGAGAUUGAUGCUUUGGAGGAGGUUCGACUUGCGAUUGAAUAUAUUGUGAUUCCCGGAGGAGAACCAGUUGAACUUCUUCCCAGACGUUCUGAUAUUAUUGCCAGACAACUUGAGCUUGUGGAAAGCUAUCAGCUGGCCGCGGAGAAUUCAGGUACCGAGCAAAGCCCCAGGUUACAAAUCCUUCCCCAGAAGUUAAUCAAGAAGACUGGUUCCGGAAAAUACCAUAAAUCUACUCCAAGUUUAUCAAAGGAAAUAAGCCUGAAAUCACUAACCGGUGGCGUUGGAGGUCGUACUGUCUCUCGGCUGCCACUUUUGCCAGAAUAGUUCAACUGCAAAUUCCACUGGGAACAUACUCCCACCCUUUAUUGAUGCAUGUACAUUCACAUGUACAGUCCUGUAAAUUAUACGGUUAUCUUGUCGUCAUUUAAUCUUUGCCAAUUGCUUGUGUAAUUUCACUCCAUUGUUGCGCGAACAUUUCUUCUUCAUUGAGAAGUCUAAAGGAAUAAAAUCUUACGCGUAUUCUCUCGGAUUGGUA